AUGCACGCUGCAUCGCAGACCCUGUCGGCGACUUUUCCGAAUCGACUGUACCGUUACGCUGUGCUUUCGAACGGGCGUCGGCGACAUGACACCGGCCCAGCCAAGCUUCCGACGCGGGGCCUCGUCGGCCGGACCGCCCUCAUCACCGGCUCUUCCUCCGGGAUCGGAAGGCAAGCCGCCCUCCACCUCGCCCGCGCAGGUGCCAGCAUCCUCUGCACCGACCUUCAGCCAGAGCCGCUUGGCGCCCAAAAGGUCCGCGCCGAGGGCUCGCGCCAUGUUCCCACGCACGAAUUGAUCAACAGCCUCGGCGGGCACGCCGACUUCCAAAAGCUCAACGUCACCUCCGAAGCCGACUUCAAGACUGCGAUCGACAAGAGCGUCUCCUUCAGCAGAAACGCUCGACUCGACAUCCUUGUCAACAAUGCGGGCAUCACCGCCUUUUCAGGCGGUAUCGAGCACGAGUCCGUCGAUGUGCUCGAGAAGAUGAUGCAGAUCAACAUCAAGGGUGUUUGGUUGGGCACCAAGGUUGGUGUCCAGCAGAUGCUCAAGCAGGAGCCUAUCCCGUUCCCUGCAGAUCUCGAGGAGGAGUUGGACAGCUUCAACGACGUUCCUCCCAGUGUACCUUUGCGCGCCCCUUACGCUUCGCAGGCUGGCUCCCCGAUCCCCACCGUCGGCCGUCGCGAUGGUGACCAGGGCGCACGCGGCUCAAGAGGUAGCAUCAUCCAGAUUGCAUCGAUCCACGGACUCAUCGGUGGCCCCUCUGAGCCCGCUUACUGCGCAAGCAAAGGUGCGGUGGUGAACCUCACCCGUCAGGUGGCAUGUGACUAUGCACCGCACAGGAUCAACGUCAACGCUAUCGCCCCUGGGUACUUGGCUGGCACGGCGAUGGUCGCCGAUAUCAGUCCUGAAAUUGCUGAUCAGAGAAGAACAUAUUGGCCCCAUCAAGGGUCGGCGAGAGACGUAGCUCACGGUGUUCUGUGA